AUGAAUUUGCUUAUUUUAUUGUACAACAGCGUUCGAGGUCAAAGCGUUAGAUUCGAUGUAGCCGGCCGAUACGAGAGAAGCGAAGCAAUGAUGACAAGCACGGCCAUCAGCGUGUUAAUUAUUGCGCAAUUAGUAGGACUUUCCAUAUAUGCUGGCGGCAGCUUUGUUUUUCGAAUGUACCGCAACGAGAUACCUCCAGCAAAAUAUAAAGAAUUGAUUGUGUGGGUCUAUGGAAUUACUUAUUCGUCAUGCUCACUUCCAUACCUCAUCAUGAUGGUAAUAAAAUUUGUAAAACAGCACAGAAGGCGGCUUAUUCACAAUAUUACCUCAAAAAAGGAGACACAGAAGGGACGAAUGGAGGAGCUCAAUCUAAUGUGGAGUUAA